AUGUCAAGAGUAAAUAAAUUUCGUUAUCUUCAACUUGCCUUGGAUUUGCAUCGAAACAAAUACGAACAUCCAAGAGACCAACUGAUCAUUCUGGUCCAUUGGACAUUUAUAAGCCGAAAGUUUCAAAUGGACCAGGCUAGUCGUUUUGACCAAACUAUCAGUUGGACAAAAAACGAAGACAAUUCAAUCGACAUUGAUUAUUUUAAUGAAGAUUUAAUCAUACAUACUCAUAUGUCGUUUAAUCAUGAAAAAUUUUUUAUUCAAAUGAAAACUGAUCAAUAUGGUCAAAUACAAUUAGAGAAGCCAAUUAAUGAUUAUAUAAAUGAAAAUUAUGGGUAG